AUGCCCCCCCGCUUCCAAGUCCGCCCCAUAACCACCACCGACUUCCCAGCCCUAACGCAAAACCUCUGGGAAGCCUUCGAAACACCCUACCAGGGCCUUCUGCGCCUCUUCUUCCCCAUCCUGCACAAUGACCGCCAGGGAAGCCUGCAGACCUGCAUCGCCGGCCAGGUAGACGAAUACAACCAGCAGCAGCUGCAUCUAACCUGGAUCAAAGUGGUUGAUACACACGCGGACGAUUACAUCGCGGCGGCUGCGAAGUGGUAUUUCUACGAGACGGAUCCGCAUUCUAAUACCCAUCUUGAGGGAGAGAGUCAGGCUGUGGCGGAUUGGUAUCCAGAGGGUGUUUCGAGGGAGUUUGCGACGAAGGCGUUUCGGCAGUUUGAGCGGCCGCGCGAGAAGAUGGCAAGGAGGGCUCAUGCUUUCCUGCACAUUGCAUUCACAAUGCCGUCUUACCGGAGGCAAGGACUCGGCCGUUUACUCGUGGACUGGGGUCUACGCAUCGCCGACGAACGCGGUCUCGAGGCGUGGCUGGAUGCAUCCGAGUUCGGGGCUGGUCUGUACGAGCAGUAUGGAUUCAGGAGGAUCCUUACCAAUGUUGUAAAGCCUGUUCCGGAUCGGGAGCUGAGCGAGGAGGAGAAGGGGGAGUGGGAGGGCUGCGAGAGGGCUUUGUUGCCGAUUGCGUAUACGCUGAUGUGGAGGCCGCCUGGGGGGAGGUUUGUAGAGGGGGAGACGCUGGUUCCGUGGGAGGAGGAGGGGUUGGUUUCUUGA